AUGUUUUACAUGUUGGCUAAAACCCUCUACUUACUCGCCAUAUCAUCAUGCGCAGGCUCCCUUAAGAGAACGCCAUUAGAAAAACUGAAAAUACGUCUCCAAGGGGAUUCUAAAGUUGGCAUCAGUGUUGAACUCUUUGAUCAGAAACAGGUUAACAUAAGUAUGUUGCCAAUGUCCAUCUCCAAUCUCAAUGCUGCCGAGCAGACAUUCACCUUCAAUGCCGGCUUCUCAAUAACAUGGUUCGACCGCAAUCUGGCUUGGAACAAAACUGACUAUGAUAAUAUUACGAAAGUGGCCAUCUCUGAGAAGUUUGUAUGGAUACCUGCCAUAGCGAUUCCUAAUGGUAUCGGCAGCGUUUCGUUGGCUUUAGAUCGAUCUCCGGUGGUUUCCAAUACUGGAAUCGCAAGACUUCCGUUCCUUGAGAGCCUCAAGACCAGUUGCCAAAUAGACAUCACUCUGUACCCGUUUGAUCAGCAGCGAUGCAGCAUCCUGUUCAUGCCUGCAAAUGAUUACAAACUUGGAGUUCAUAUGAGUGGUUCUAUUAUUACGAGAUUACCGCCUUUCUUCAUUGACAACAGUGAAUGGGAGUUGGCUGACAUACACGCCAAGGUUGUAGACGUCCAAACGGAACAGAUAUCAAGUUUGGUAUCAUUUGAGUUUUUUCUGAAACGCAAGAGCAUGUUCUAUAUAGUGAGUAUCAUCUUUCCUAUGGCUCUUCUCUCUCUGCUCAACGCCUGUGUGUUCCUCCUACCAGCUGACUCCGGAGAGAAGAUGUCCUACCUCAUCUCAAUAUUUGUGUCCUAUGCAGUGUUUAUGAACUUCGUCAAAGACUCAAUCCCUAAGUCUGGAGACGUGUGUCGACUGUCUGUGUAUCUGACCCUCAUCCUCUGUCAAAGCUGCCUGGCUAUCAUCACCACCAUGGCCACACUCCGCAACAAUGUCCGCAACACUAGUCUCCUACAGCCAUCAAACGACAAUGGAAACACGGACGGAACUGAACGUCCGCAUGAGAAGACUGCGUCAAAGGUCCGCCGCGCAGAUCACAUAUUGUUCGGGGUCUUUGUGCUUCUGGCUCUGGUGUCCCUGUUGGUGUUUUGUGUGUAA